AUGGAUGCAGUGACUGUGUACCAUGGAAAAAUCAGCAGGGAGACCGGGGAGAAGCUCUUGCUUGCUACGGGGCUGGAUGGAAGCUAUCUACUAAGAGACAGCGAGAGUGUUCCUGGAGUCUACUGCCUGUGUGUUUUGUAUCAAGGUUACAUCUAUACAUAUCGAGUGUCUCAGACAGAAACAGGUUCUUGGAGUGCUGAGACAGCACCUGGGGUACAUAAAAGAUUUUUCCGGAAAAUAAAAAAUCUCAUUUCAGCAUUUCAGAAGCCAGAUCAAGGCAUUGUAAUACCUUUGCAGUAUCCAGUUGAGAAGUCCUCGGCUAGGAAUACACAAGGUACCACAAGGAGAAGUGAUUCUGAUGUCUGCCUGAAAGCACCAUGAAGAAGAAUAACACACUCUGUCCAUUAUUUUCAAUAAUUUAAGUGCAUGCCAAGUCUUGUAUAUUGUAGAUAAUACAGUUCAGUGAACUGCAAAUGCCUUUUAACCACCACUCUAGUCCUGUAAUAGGAGGAGCAUCUCGCCCAUGUCAAAGUUGAAAGCAGAUGUUGUAGAUAACAAGUGCUUUAAAGUGAGGAUUGGGAAAGAGAAUCCCUUAGAGUAUUUUUACUUCCUGUAUUUACAUAUAAGAAACAGUUUAGAGCACAGUGAAGACUUUACAAAAGAUUAAUGUCAAUUCUUGCCACAUGUAAAUAAAA